AUGGCAAAUACACAGUCUAGAAUUGUUUUAUUGGAAAAACAGAAUUCCAAACUUGUAUCCAAGAUUACUGAACUUAGGGAGAAAAAUGCUAUACUCUUGGCUGAGAAUGUGAAGUUGAAGCCAGCUUUAGAAAAGUAUGAGGUGAGAUUCAUAAAUCUGGAACAGAAAGACAAAGAAAAGACCAGCCUUAUUACCAAAUUAGCUGAUGAUAUAAAGGAAAUCAAACAAUCUUCGACUAAUGUUUCUCCCAAAAUAAAUCCGAAUAACACUCCAGAACAGAUGUCUCAAAAUGAUUCACCUAAAGGGUUAGAAAAUACAUCUGAUAACACAUUCAAUUCUGACACAUGUCAACCAAUCUAUACAAAAUCCAAAUCGUUGGAAAAAAAAGAGGUUGAUAGAUUCCUGGAUUCAACGUAUAGGGAAAGUGUUAGUAAAGAGAUAAUUCAGAGCAUUAAAGAAAAGAAACUUCAAGAUCAAGAGUUAUUCUCAACUCCCAAGAAUACUAUCCCCAAUAUUUCUCAGAUUUCUACAUCACUAAAUAAGAAUGUUUCCAUAUCCGAAGCAGAGAAAUUACUACUUAAUCGUAAUAAAGAUAUAAAUGUUCAGGAUACAAAGUUUUCUUCUGAAUCGUCUAUUAUUUCUUCUUCCACUCAGGUACAAAUUGUUAUUCCCCCUAAAAUCUCUUAUAAUCAAAAAGUAGAACAGGAUUUAAUAAAAAAAUUUCCAGAAGCUGAGGUAAGUACAUCAUCCAAUCCAACUCAUGAUCGUACCUAUUUCCAUAACAAAAUAUUGGAGCGAUAUCCUGACCUAUAUUAUGAAUAUAGUAAUGAAGAUGUUAAUUAUUAUGGGAUUACUACAGAGUCAUUAUGCCCGAUAUGUAAGUUAAUUCAUGAGGAUGAGGAAGGUAUAGAAGAUAAUUAUAAAGCUGGAUCUUACUAUAUUAAAUGUGAACAGCGUGGAAUUGAAAUUAAGGAUAUCUCUAAGACUAAACUCAAUAAAAUAUUAACUCCCAAAUAUUUGGAUUGGCAAGCUAAAUUAACUGACUUACCAAGCAUUUUAACUGAUAAACAUCGUUCCAAGUUAUAUAAUAGGUAUAAAAAAAAAACUGGGCUCAAUCCCUGGAUAAAGUCUGAAAAUUCAGAAUUCUUACAAAUUGAAGAGGAAGCCAAAUGCCCGAUAUACAAAGAAGUACAUACACGUCAAGGUAUAUGGGGUGAUUGGAGCUGUCUAGGUACAAAUGAUCACUAUUUUCUUAAUUGCCCUUUUCGUAUCGAUCAAAAGAAAGUUAUAAUCGUUAUACAGAGCUUACCAGAAAUUCAAGUAAGAAUACCAAACAAAAUCAGCAACUCACCAAUUCAUCCAAACAAAAUUCAUCUUUAUCAAUAUGCUGUUGAAAAUGAUCUUGAUCCCGAAAAAUUUUCCGUCAUUACAGAGGCUGAGAAAGAUAGGUGGGCCAUGGGAUGUUUUCGUGGGGAUUUGAAAAGAGAUAUAUGCUUUUAUCACGGUGGAAUAGAAAGUAAAGAAGACUCUAGAAAAUAUCGUAAAUUUUUAACAGAUCAGGAUAGGCUAAUCGGAGAAGAGUUAUUACAUCGCAGUAUACUAAGGAGUGGUUUAAGUACUGCAUGA